AUGUCAUCAGUCGGCACAACCGUCAAACCAACUUCAAGUACAUCUGCUCUGAAUAUAGAGAUGGGCGCAAAUGGCGAAGUGAAAAAGCUGCAUUAUAUUCCAAGACCCGCAAACAAGGAGGCCGAGAGGAAAUGGCUCCUCGAGCAGAGGGCGGGUGCUUUUCGCAUAUUCGCCAAACUAGGAUUCUCGGAUGGUAGCAGUGGACAUAUAAGUCUUCGAGACCCUAUCGACCCCCGCACAUUCGGGCUUAAUCCAGUGGACGAAGAAGGAAACCCAGUCGCAGGUGCAGAUAAACCUGUCAACGCGGCAGGUUUCAUCAUUCAUUCAGCGAUUCAUCAGAGACGACCGGAUAUUCACGCGGCUUGCCAUAUGCAUAGUCCGUAUGGAAGAGGGUGGAGUACGUUUGGCCGGGGUAUCGAUAUGUUCAGUCAAGAUUCCUGCAUGUUCUAUGAUGACCUUUCAGUGUACCCAGCAUUUGGCGGCGUCGUUUUCGCAGAGGAAGAAGGCCAACAACGUCUUGCGGAAUUCCUUGGUCCCAAGAACAAAAACCUUAUCAUGCAGAAUCAUGGUCUACUCACUGCUGGAGGAACAGUUGCCGAAGGAGCGGCAUUCUUCAUUGCGCUAGAAAGGGCAUGUCAGACACAGCUUCUAGUGGAAGCCUCGACAGCACCCGGCUCGAUCGGAGAAAGCGAGGGCAUUCUAAAGAGAGCUAUAGUUGACCAUGAAACGGCCAUUUACACGAAAAAAAGGAAUGGGUACUCCUGA